CCGUUCCACUAGUGCUCUACCCUACACCUGAUAAUUACUUAGCGGCGGUUCCCUAACCCCGGUAGCUUACAAACCCCUUCCAAACCUAGAACAGAAUCGCAUCGUUCGACCCUUUUGUUCUUGAAUUCCUUCCUCGGCAACUUGCGUCAACUUGUCUAAUCAUUCCCUAUUCAAAUCCACGCAUUACACACCACACGUACAGUUUUAAGCCAGUUUUAAUAUAUCUUGCCUGCUACCCGCCUGGAGCUGGAGUUCGGUCAUUUUUUCGACGUGUUCUUUUUUCUUACUACACGUCACUUCUACACGUCAAGUCAUCUUUUGUCUUUUAACAUCUCAUCAACAAUAAUUAGAUCAUGCUGGCCGUUAUAUAAAAAUCCUACCGGUUCACACUAGAGAACGGUUCAGCGACAUCGGUUGCGCCUUUUCGUAAACUCCUAGACGAAACAUUGCGCGAUUGCGCUCAUCUUCGUGAGAUAUGCCGCCAAGAAAUAUUACAGUUCCUCCCCGAGGGCCUCCCGGGUCUUCCCUCCAAAGUCCGACACCUGCACGAUGGGCUACCACCACUUUGAGAGUUGGUGGCAUGACAUGUGGUGCUUGUACUUCAUCCAUUGAAGCAGGCUUCAAGGGUGUCGACGGAGUCGGUAGUGUGUCUGUAAGCCUGGUGAUGGAACGAGCUGUGGUAAUGCACGAUCCCCAACGAAUGCCCGCCGAGAAAGUACAAGAAAUCAUCGAGGAUCGCGGAUUCGAAGCAGAGGUUCUGGCAACUGAUAUACCCUCUCCUUUACCCACGCCAAGACAAGAGACUUCGGGUGAACACGACGACAGCCCAUCAACUACCGUCACAACAAUCGCUGUCGAGGGCAUGACUUGUGGAGCAUGUACAUCGGCUAUCGAAGGUGGUUUCAAAGACGUGACCGGUGUCAAGCAUUUCAGCAUAUCGCUACUUUCCGAACGAGCCGUCGUAGAACAUGAUGUGACCUUAUUACCAGCCGAUCAGAUAAUAGAGAUUAUUGAGGAUCGAGGAUUUGGUGCGACCUUACUUUCCAGCGAGGAAUCAAAGCCUAUUAAAAAGGGGACAGAGAGCACGGAAACGAAACCUACUACGGCCACAACUACCAUUGCUAUUGAGGGUAUGACGUGUGGCGCAUGCACCUCGGCCGUUGAAAGUGCUGUAACCGGUCUCGAUGGUAUUCUGCGGUUUAAUAUCAGUUUGUUGGCGGAGCGAGCUGUCAUUACCCAUGACACUACCAAAGUUACUGCGGAGAAGAUAUCAGAGACAAUCGAGGAUAGUGGGUUUGGUGCUGAAGUCAUAUCGUCAAUUGCCGAUACGGCUGAUCAUUCUGGAUCGUCUACUACCUCGCAGCUCAAGAUAUACGGAAAUCCUGACGCUGCUGCAGCCAAAGCUAUCGAGGAAGCGUUGCUCGCCCUUCCCGGUGUUAACUCUGCGAAGUUGAACAUGGCCACAUCUAGACUAACAGUUUCUCAUCAGCCUGGAGUAACAGGCUUACGAGGGCUCGUGGAAGAGGUUGAAAAGAUGAAGUUCAAUGCCCUAGUUGCCGAUAACGACGACAACAAUGCGCAGUUAGAAUCGCUAGCGAAGACGAGGGAGAUCCAGGAAUGGAGAAAAGCCUUUCAGCUCUCAUUGUCUUUUGCGAUUCCAGUAUUCUUCAUCGGCAUGGUCUUCCCCAUGGCAAUUCCUUUCUUGGAUUUCGGCCGCUUGGAAUUGCUUCCCGGUCUUUUCUUAGGCGAUGUCAUUUGCUUAAUUCUUACGAUACCCAUCCAGUUCGGCAUAGGCAAACGCUUUUACAUUUCAGCUUAUAAGUCGAUCAAACAUAAGUCCCCAACCAUGGACGUGCUCGUCGUCCUAGGGACUUCUGCUGCGUUUUUCUUCAGCGUUUUCGCGAUGGCCGUUUCCUUUUUAUUUCCUCCGCACACCCGACCAAAUACUAUCUUUGAUACCAGCACUAUGCUGAUUACCUUUAUCACAUUUGGCCGUUUCCUAGAGAAUCGUGCUAAGGGCCAAACUUCGAAGGCUCUUUCGCGACUUAUGUCUCUGGCCCCAUCUAUGGCUACCAUUUAUGCCGAUCCGAUCGCAGCAGAAAAAUCGGCAGAAAAGUGGGACGCGGCCGCAAAUGCCGACAAGCCAGAGAACCAAGCUCAGGAGGGCAAUGCCGCUGAAGAAAAGAUCAUUCCCACCGAACUCAUUUCGGUUGGCGACAUUGUGAUCAUCCGCCCCGGAGAUAAGAUACCUGCCGACGGAACCAUAGUGCGAGGUGAAACGUACAUAGAUGAGAGCAUGGUUACAGGAGAAGCCAUUCCAGUACAGAAGAAGAAGGGAAGCAAUGUGAUCGGUGGAACCGUCAAUGGACAUGGCCGAGUUGAUUUCCGCGUAACUAGAGCAGGCCGGGAUACCCAACUCAGUCAGAUUGUCAAGCUCGUGCAAGACGCUCAAACUACACGAGCUCCUAUCCAGCGUUUAGCUGACACGCUUGCUGGCUACUUCGUCCCCACGAUCUUGGUCCUUGGUUUCCUAACAUUCAUCACAUGGAUGGUAUUGAGCCAUGCUCUCAAAAACCCGCCCAAGAUUUUCUUGUCAGAGGAGAGUGGUGGCAAGCUGAUGGUCUGCGUCAAACUCUGCAUUUCCGUAAUCGUGUUCGCCUGUCCGUGCGCCCUCGGCCUUGCAACUCCUACCGCCGUAAUGGUUGGUACGGGAGUAGGUGCGGAGAACGGCAUUCUAGUAAAAGGCGGUGCAGCUCUGGAAACUACAACUAAAAUUACCCAAGUCGUCCUUGACAAGACAGGAACUCUCACAUACGGCAAGAUGAGCGUUGCAAGUAUCGAGAUGCCAUCGGUCUGGAAAGAUAACGAGUGGCGACGACGCCUCUGGUGGUCGAUUGUCGGACUUGCCGAAAUGGGAAGUGAGCAUCCAGUGGGUAAAGCCAUUUUGGCAGCAGCGCGUAAUGAUCUUGGUUUGGACGCCGAAGCAGCUGUCGAUGGUAGCGUUGGCGAUUUCAAUGCUGUUGUAGGCCGAGGUAUCAGUGCACGUGUCGAGCCGUCUACCAGUGCCGAACGUACCCGUUACGAAGUGCUCGUGGGUAGCGUUCGCUUCUUACGAGAAAGCAAAGUCGAAGUUCCUGAACAUGCAGUAGAGGCUUCCGAGGAAAUAAAUUCUAAAGCGAACAAGUCGAAGGCUGCUUCCGCUGGAACAACAAACGUCUUCGUCGCUAUCGACGGCAAGUACGCCGGCCACCUAUGUUUGUCCGAUACAAUCAAAGAAGGAGCAACAGCCACGAUUGCGGUACUACACCGUAUGGGAAUUAAGACCGCCAUUGUCACUGGCGACCAACUGUCUACUGCGUUGGCCGUCGCCACAUCCGUUGGUAUCUCGCAUGACAAUGUCUACGCUGGUGUGUCUCCAGACCAGAAGCAGAACAUCGUUCGAGAGAUACAGGAACGGGGUGAAUGUGUUGCCAUGGUCGGCGAUGGUAUCAACGACUCUCCUGCACUAGCCACUGCCGACGUUGGCAUCGCUAUGUCUAGCGGUACGGAUGUCGCCAUGGAAGCUGCUGAUAUCGUCCUUAUGCGGCCUAACGAUCUCAUGGACAUUCCCGCCGCUCUUAACUUAGCCCGAACCAUUUUCCUACGUAUCAAACUCAACCUUGCCUGGGCAUGCCUUUACAAUAUUAUCGGUCUGCCCUUCGCCAUGGGAAUGUUCCUUCCCCUGGGCUGGCAUCUUCAUCCUAUGGCUGCUGGUGCUGCUAUGGCUUGCAGCAGUGUCAGUGUCGUAGUCAGCUCCUUACUCCUCAAAUUCUGGAAGCGGCCACAGUGGAUGGAAGAAGCCCUGCUCGCCGAUAAAGGCGGACUAAAGAGGCGUGGCCGGGGUUGGGGCUUCGACAGCGUUGUUACCCGUGCACAAGACAUCGCGGGUGCCGUACUUGGCAGAAGAACGCGCAAGGACGAAGGAUAUGUCCCCUUACAAACGCUGGAUCACGCUGAGGUCUAGUGGCCAAGGUGUCUGCUGCGGUGAUAACCGCACGUGUUUGCCAGGAUUUUGGAUUGCUUUGUUGCUAUUGAAAAGGGCAUAAGGUGCAUCGCGUAUGGGAGUUUUGGAGGUUUACUGGCUGACUACUGCACUGUGCUGUGCUCGAUAUUCCCCUUGUUUAUAAUCUGUCUUUGCAGUGAAUACACUAAAUUAGUGAUUUGAAAUGGUGCAAAGUUCGUAACUUGAGCUAGCUAGACUUGAUAUGUGUUAGUAUUGACUGCCGGUCUCUGUUAGUUUCUUAAGGCUGACUACCGAGUUGUACAAAUUAGUGGCGGGUUAUAGAAACCAUGAAUUACCAGACUUGGGCUAAGCUAAGUUAGACACGGAUACGACGUUCUAGCUUAUCGAGAGUAUCAUAGUAAAGGAAUG